AUGGCUAAUAAAGUCUUUAACGUCCAAAUUUUCUUUGUCGUAUUCAGAGAAUCGUUGGAAGCAGUCAUCAUCGUGUCUGUGCUUUUAGCAUUCUUAAAGCAAGGACUUGGUGGUCCAACACAAGAUAGGGAAGUUUAUAAAAAGUUAGUUAAACAAGUUUGGUUUGGUGCUAUCGGUGGGUUUAUUCUUUGUUUAAUUCUUGGUUGUGCUUUUAUUGGUGCUUUCUAUUCCUUGAAGAAUGACGUUUGGGGUAAAUCUGAAGAUAUUUGGGAAGGUGUAUUCUGUAUUAUUGCUACUGUUAUGAUUUCCAUUAUGGGUAUUGCCAUGUUGAGAGUCAACAAGAUGCAAGAGAAGUGGAGAAUUAAGUUGGCCCAAGCCAUUCUUAAGGAUAAGCCGGAAAAUGGUAGUAGAAUUGGGCAUUGGGCUAAGAAAUAUGCUAUGUUUAUCUUACCUUUUAUUACUGUUUUAAGAGAAGGUUUGGAAGCCAUUGUUUUCGUUGGUGGAGUUGGUUUAACUUCUCCUGCUUCUUCCUUCCCAUUGCCAGUUUUCGUUGGUUUGCUUUGUGGUAUCGCUGUGGGUUUCAUUUUGUAUUACUCUGGUUCUACCACCUCUUUACAAGUGUUUUUGGUUAUUUCAACUUGUAUCUUGUAUUUGAUUGCCGCUGGCUUAUUCUCCAGAGGUGUUUGGUUCUUUGAAAACAAUGCCUUCAACAAGAAAACUGGUGGUGAUGCUUCUGAAAACGGUUCAGGGCCUGGUUCUUAUGACAUCUCUAAAUCUGUUUGGCACGUUAACUGUUGCAAUCCUCAAAUUGACAAUGGUUGGGAUAUUUUCAAUGCUAUUCUUGGGUGGCAGAACUCUGCCACUUAUGGCUCAGUUAUCUCCUACAAUGUGUAUUGGAUUGCAGUCAUUGUUGUAUUGUUUUUGAUGCUCUACGAAGAACAACACGGACACUUGCCUUUCACCAAGAACUUUAGAUUAAGAAACCUAAACCCAUCGUACUACUUGAAGGGUAAGAAGAAGGAAGAAUUGAACGAGCAUCAAAAGGAAGUAUUGUUUGAUGAAAUUAAGAACAAGAAGUUUGGUUCAACUGUUAGUGAAAACUCUGUGGUUCCAGAAAGACAAAGUUUGACUGAAAACAGAGCCGAUUAA